GUUUUCAUUGUCGUGUUUUUCUAGUGAUUCACCCACAAUUUAUUUAUCCAAAAAGAUAAAAAAGUAUCCAUAUUAGUUUUGUCAUUUGUUGUAUUCUACAAUAAAAUAAUACAAUCAUGUCGAUAUUCCGAAGCACUGGAAAUUUUGACAAACUGCUAGAUAAAGCUACCAGUCAUUUGUUGAUGGAUCCAGAUUGGGUUUCCACAUUACAGAUAUGUGAUUUGAUCAGGCAAGAUGAUGUCCAGCCAAAAUAUGCUUUGAAUGCUUUGAAAAAGAAGCUCACGUCUCCAAACCCAUAUAGUGCUCUGUAUGCACUUCUGGUUGUUGAAAGCAUUGUGAAAAAUUGCGGUUCUGUCGUUCAUGAAGAGCUGACUAGCAAGGUCUUCUGUGAUUUUCUUCAUGAAUUAGCUAAGACAACACCACACGAUAAUGUUCGCUCUAAAUUAUUGGAACUAAUUCAAGCGUGGAAUUUUGCAUUCAGGAAGAAUCCCAAACAUGGUGCAUUGAAGGAUAUGAUGGCGGCCAUGAAAGCCGAGGGCUACAAGUUCCCGGUGCUGCGCGAGUCGGACGCCAUGUUCGCAGCUGACACGGCCCCUGAAUGGGCGGACGGCGACGUAUGCCACCGGUGCCGCGUCCAGUUCUCGCUCAUGCAGCGCAAGCACCACUGCCGGGCGUGCGGGCAGGUGUUUUGUAGUCAGUGCACCUCGAAGACGUCGACGUUGCCCAAGUACGGCAUCGAGAAAGAGGUUAGAGUGUGUGAUUCAUGUUUUGAUGAAGCUAGCAAGCCAUCAGCAGCAUCAAAAGCAGCCUUAUUGAAGCAAGAAUCUGAAUUACCGGCAGAGUAUUUGAAAAGUCCUCUAGCACAGCAAAACCAGGAACCACCAAAGAAAACCGACGCUGAACUUGCUGAAGAAGAAGAAUUCCAGUUGGCUCUAGCUCUUAGUCAGUCAGAAGCGGAAGUGAAAGAAAAAGAUAAAUACAAGAUGAAUAGUACUAUUUCCUACAAUGUGAAAGAACCGACCCCCGUCGAGCACCGCCCACCGACCCCGCCGCCCGAGGAGGCGGCCAAUCCCGAACUCGCGCGCUACCUGGACCGCCGCUACUGGGAGUCGCUGCAAGCGGAGACGGCCCCGGCGGAGAGGGGCGGAGCCGCCCCGCCUUCCGCGCCCGCCCCCGCGCCCAAGGUGGCCACCCACAGCGAGGCGCCCGCCCACGGGAAGGAGAGGGAGAACGGCGUGAUGGGCGAGAACGAUCUGGAGGAGUUCAUGAGGACGCUGAAGGGGAACGUGGAGACGUUCGUCAACAGGAUGAAGAGCAAUUCGAGCAGAGGACGAUCGAUCGUGAACGACACCAACGUCCAAUCGCUGUUCAUGAACAUCACGGCGAUGCACUCGCGCCUGCUGCACCACAUCCAAGAGCACGACGAUCAGCGCCUGCACUUCGAGCGGCUGCAAGACCGACUGACGCAGGCGCGGGACGCUCGCGCCGCUUUGGACGCGCUGCGCGACGAGCACCGCGAGAAGUUGAAGCGCGACGCCGAGGAGGCGGAGCGGCGGAAGCAGAUGCAGAUGGCCUACAAGCUAGAGGUGAUGCGCAAAAAGAAGCAAGAGUACCUGCAGUACCAGCGCGAACUGGCCAUCCAGCGUGUCCAGGAGCAGGAACGCGAGAUGCACAUCAGGCAGGAGUACAUGAAGUACGGCGGCCAGGUGGGAUACGUGGGUUCGCCCGCGCACGCCGGGCAGUACUCGCUGCCGCAGCAGGCAGCACAAGGCGGCGGGCAGCCGGGAAGCGGGCCGUACAACGCCUUCAUGUUCGCGCCGCCGCCACCGCACGUGAUGGGGCAGCAGCAGCAGAUGGGGCAGCAGCAGAUGGGGCUCGGAGGCGGCCCGACUCACGGUGCCUUGCCACCCCAACAGCCGCCGCACAAUCCGGCUCACGCCGUUCCUCCGCAGGGCUACCACCCCGGCCUGCAGAACGUUAAUCCGGGGGCCAACUUGUCGGACCGCCCGCAGCCGCACUUCGGAAUGCCGCCCGGCAUACCGUUGUCGAGUCUGCCGGCGCAUCUGCCCGGGAUGCCGCAGAACGCGCCCCAACAUGGUAUGGUGCCUGCCCCCGGGGGACAGCCCCCUAGUCAAGGUGUACCACAACCAACACACAAUAUGGCACCACAGAACCAAGGGAUGCCCCAACAAGGGCAGAUGCACAAUCAGGUGAUGCCUAAUCAGGUAAUGCCUCAUCCGGGCAUGCCGCAGCAAGGGCAAAUGGCCCCGCAUCUGCCGCAAGGUGGCGCCCCUCCUACUAGCCCUCAAGCUCAGCAAAAUGGAGAGGCGAGAACUGCGGAACUGAUCAGUUUCGAUUGAGGCAAUGAUAUGUCGAGGCGAGGUCGAUAUUUCGUAUGUAUGAAAUGGAUUAUCCACUGUAAUUUACCAUUUGGUUCCCAGCAGUUAUCCGGAACUUCACAAAAAUUAAUCCAAUAUUUUAAUGUGAAAAAGCUUAAAAUUAUGUUAAAGCUCACUUUGCAUUCUUUACAUUUAUUCAGCUAUAUUUGUUACAAACAUAUAUGUUUCUUGGCAUAAAUAAACGUUAUUAUUGUU